AUGAGAACUCUUACUGGAAAGAAAUCCCAGAAAUGUAAGGUCUGUGGGAAGGACUUCAUUUGUAUCUCAACUCUCAUUUUACAUAAAAAAUUUCAUAACAGAGGUAAGCCUUAUAAAUGUAAGGAAUGUGGGAAAGCCUUUAGUGAGGCCUCAUCCCUCACUCAACAUUUAAGAACUCACAGCGGAGAGAGGCCUUAUGAGUGUAAGGAAUGUGGGAAAGCCUUUAGUCAGUCAGCACAUCUCACUACACAUAUAAGAAUUCACAAUGGGCAAAGGCCUUAUGAAUGUAAAGAAUGUGGGAAAGCCUUUAGUCAGGUCUCUUCCCUCACUAAACAUGUAAGAACUCACAGUGGAAUAAGGCCUUAUAAAUGUAAGGAAUGUGGGAAAGCCUUUAGAUGUUCCUCACACCUCACUCAACAUAUAAGAAUUCACAGUGGAGAGAGGCCUUAUAAAUGUAAGGAAUGUGGGAAGGCCUUUAGGUGUUCCUCACACCUCACCAAACAUAUAAGAACUCACAGUGGAGAGAAGCCUUAUAAAUGUAAGGAAUGUGGGAAAGCUUUUAGUGAUUCCUCAGUCCUCACUACACAUAUAAGAACACACAGUGGAAUUAGGCCUUAUGAAUGUAAGCAAUGUGGCAAAACCUUUUGUCAGGCCUCACAGCUCUCUACACAUAUAAGAACUCAUAGUGGAGAGAGACCUUAUGAAUGUAAGGAAUGUGGGAAAGCCUUUAGUGAUUCCUCAGCCCUCACUACACAUACUAGAACUCACAGUGGAGAGAAGCCCUAUGAAUGUAAGGAAUGUGGGAAAGCCUUUAGUCAUUCCUCAGCCCUCACUACACAUAUAAGGAUUCACAGUGGAGAGAGACCUUAUGAAUGUAAGGAAUGUGGGAAAGCCUUUAGUUGUUCCUCACACCUUACUGAACAUAUAAGAACUCACAGUGGAGAGAGGCCUUAUGAAUGUAAGGAAUGUGGGAAAGUCUUUAGGCAAUCUGCAAACCUUACUUCUCAUUUAAGAACUCACCGUGGAGAGAGGCCUUAUGCAUGUAAGGAAUGUGGGAAAGCCUUUGGAAGUUCCUCACACCUCACUAGACAUAGAAGAACUCACAGUGGAGAGAAGCCUUAUAAAUGCAAGGAAUGUGGGAAGGCCUUUAGUGAUUCCUCAGCCCUCACUAAACAUAUAAGAACUCACAGUGGAGUUAGGCCUUAUGAAUGUAAACAAUGUGGGAAAACCUUUAGUCAGGCCUCACACCUCACUUCACAUUUAAGAACUCACAGUAGAGACCCUGUUCUCUGUCAAAAUCUCCCCAGCUCUGUCCCACCUGUACCAAGAAUCCAGGAUGGCAUCAGUGCAGCCCAGCUGUGCCCCAUGGUUGGGCAGAGCGUCUGGAAGUCCGCGCGUCCGCACCGAGAGCGCUUCCCCCUAGCGGUGGCCGCGCACAAUCGCCUGUGA